AUUUUUUCGCCAUUUGUACAUCAAUGGGUUCUCUCCCACAUAUAGUGGAAGACUGCAUGGGGGUCCUCCAACUCUACAGCGACGGCACCGUCUACCGCCGCCACCAAAUCGACUUCCCCUUUCCAGUCGUCGACGACUCCUCUGUCGCUUUCAAAGACUUCGUUUUUGACAAAAAACUCGACCUCUCCCUCCGUUUGUAUAAACCCAAAUUCGCUAACUCCGCACCCAAGAAGCUCCCCGUCGUGUUCUAUUUUCACGGCGGGGGCUUCUGCGUCGGUCCCCGCCUAUGGCCCAACUGUCAUAGCUGCUGCCUCCGGCUCUCCUCGGGCCUCGAGGCAGUCGUCGUAUCGCCCGACUACCGCCUGGCCCCCGAGCACAAGCUCCCCGCCGCCAUCGACGAUGCUGUGAGGGCGGUGGAGUGGCUGGCGGAGGACAAUUCUUGCUGUGAUGCAUGGUUGGGUCAUGACGCGGUUUACUUGGACCGGGUUUUUGUGUUGGGAGACUCUUCGGGCGGGAACAUGGCUCACCAUUUGGCGGUUCGAGUUGGCUCCGGUUUGGUGAAGACCGGGCCGGUUCGGGUUCGGGGUUUUGUGAUGCUUGCACCAUUCUUUGGGGGAGUGGUGAGGACCAAGUCUGAAGAUGGCCCUUCUGAGGCUUUGUUGAAUUUGGAAAUACUUGACAGGUUUUGGAGGCUUUCAAUGCCUGAAGGAGAAACAAGAGACCACCCAUUGGUUAACCCAUUUGGACCAAACAGUCCUAACCUUGAAAAAGUGGCAUUUGAUCCAAUCUUAGUGAUUGUGGGUGGCAAUGAGAUGUUGAAAGAUAGAGCGGAGAACUAUGCAAAGAGAUUGAAAGAGAUGGGAAAGAAAAUUGAUUAUGUUGAGUUUGAGGGUAAAGAACAUGGGUUUUUCACAAACGAUCCUUAUUCAGAGAUUUCAUUCCAAGUAUUGCAAGUUAUAAAAUGGUUUAUGCUUGAAAACUCCAACUGAGAGAAGACCAUAAGUAACAUUUUGG